AUGGCUCCAAAGAAGAUUAAGAGAGCUGGUAGCAGUGCAGUAAUAAGGCAGCGGCCAACAAUUGAAUUGAAAAAAGAAAUUAUUGCCAAGUAUGAACGAGGCAUGCGUGUGUCGGAUAUCGCAAGAGAAUACGACAAGUCAAAGUCGACAAUCUCGACGAUUUUAAAGAAAAAGGAGCAGCUUAAAGAAGCUAAUUUAGAAGGUGCUAGCAUCAGUGAGGCAUUCAUUAGUGAGAAGGCGCUGCAAAUCUACGAAGAUUUGAAGAAGAAAACCCCAGAGACAAGUGCUUUAAGUGAUUUUGUUUUCAAAGCCAGUCGAGGCUGGUUUGAAAAAUCUAAGCACAGAACAGGCAUCCACAGCGUCAUAAGGCAUGGGGAAGCAGCUAGGUCCGACAAGGCAGGGGCCGAGAAGUUCAUUCUAGAAUUCAAAAAAAUCAUAGAAGAAGAAAGUUACGUCCCGCAACAGGUAUUUAAUGCGGAUGAAACAGGCCUGUUUUGGAAGAAGAUGCCGAAUAAAACGUACAUAAUGAAGGAAGAGAAAGCAUUGUCAGGGCACAAGCCUAUGAAAGAUAGGCUAACUCUUCUAUUGUGCGGUAACGCCAGUGGGGAUUUUAAGCUGAAGCCGCUGUUAGUCUACCAUUCGGACAAUCCAAGAUGGGUGACCGAAGUUUUUGCCCCGGCUGUGAAAGAAUACCUAGAGAAGAACAACCUUCCCCUCAAAUGCCUUCUCCUGCUGGAUAAUGCUCCAGCACAUCCUCCAAACAUCGACGAGUACUUAGAAGAAGAGUUCGACUUUAUUCAAGUUCGUUAUCUGCCACCGAACACAACCCCUUUGCUGCAGCCCAUGGAUCAACAGAUCAUUUCAAACUUCAAGAAAUUGUACACGAAAGCCUUAUUCAGAAAGUGCUUCGAUAUAACGAACGAUACCAACUUAACUCUGAAGGAAUUUUGGAAGAAUCAUUUCAACAUUUUGAAUUGUGUUCAUCUUAUUGAUAAUGCAUGGAACCAAGUGACCUACCGUACUAUGAAUGCAGGAUGGAGGAAACUCUGGCCAGACUGUGUUCCAGAGCGAGAUUUUGAAGGAUUCGAACCAGAAAUUGUUGAUGAAAUUGUUUCCCUGGGCCAAAACAUGGGGUUGGAGGUGGAUAAUAACGAUUUUGAAGAACUUGUGGAGGAGCACAGUAAUGAACUCACUACUGAAGAGUUGCAGCACCUUCAGGCUGAGCAAGAAAACAAUUUGGCUGAGGAUAUGUCUUCGGAGGGGGAAGAGGAAGGGAAGGAGGAAGUCCCAAGUUCAGUGAUUAAAGAAAUGUGUGCCAAGUGGGGGGAAUUGCAAUUGUUUGUAGAAAAAUCUUUCCCAAACAGUGCGGUAGGCAGUAGGAGCCUGAACAUGUUCAAUGAUAAUGUGAUGUCGUAUUAUCGAAAAGUGCUACAAAAAAGGCAGAAGCAACAGACACUGGACAAGUUUUUUUCUUCAACCUCAAAGCGACAGAGGACAUCCCCCGAUGUUCUCAUGGAGGGGGAUUCCCCCUCUAAGCAGUAA